AUGUGCAUAAAUGGAAUUGUGCACAGUCUGAGCUCCGGUGCCGCUGUGGCCUUCCCCGCGAAGAAGAAGCAGCAGCUCAUCCCUACAAAGACCAUGUCCUCAACCACCGUCUUCCGCGCCUCGCGCCCCCUCUUCCGACAGGCCACCACCACCUUUGGCGGUGCGCCCGCCCGACAGGCCUUUCGCCAGAACUUCCGCCAGAACUUUAACCAGGGCAGCGGUCGCCGGUGGCAGAGCACCGAUGGCGCCCAGCAGCAGCAGCAGUCGUGGUUCAAUCGCAUGUGGGAGAGCGAGGUCGGCUUCAAGACUGUGCACUUCUGGGCUCCCGUCAUGAAGUGGGCUCUCGUCCUCGCCGGCAUCUCUGACUUUGCUCGUCCCGCCGAGAAGCUCUCCUUCACCCAGAACCUUGCCCUGACCUGCACCGGCAUCAUCUGGACCCGCUGGUGCCUCAUCAUCAAGCCCAAGAACUACCUCCUCGCCGCCGUCAACUUCUUCCUCGGAAUGGUCGGCCUCGUCCAGAUCACCCGAAUCGCAAAGUACGAGUCCGAUAAGAAGGCUGGCCUCAAGGGCGCCAUUGAGGACAUCAAGGCCGAUGCCAAGGAGACCGUCAAGGAGAUCAAGGGUUAA